UAGCAAGGCAAUGCCAAGACAUCCCCCCGAGAUUCCAGUGCUUGGAGCCAUGUCUUGCUGUGAUGACAGCAGGAAAUGGCUUUGAAGAGGACUCCACAUAUCGAAACGGCCGCCACCAUGACUUCACUGAAGCAAUUCGCUGAGCUAAGCCACCAGUGCUCAGCCACUCCGAACCAAACGGACCACAGAUCCGGGACCACGGGACGAUCAGCGUCGGACCUCCAACCGUCCGCGCGGAGCCAUGGCGACCUUUGAUGCUCGGGAUUACUUGCAGCAGCUGCCGUCGCAUGGCUGUCACCUCCUGGUGACCUUCGAGGCCAAGGACCUGCAGUCGGAGAUCACCAUGUCCAAUGCAUCGCUGUGGCGAAUCCCUGAUCUUGAUGUGGAGCAGGGCCACUUUCAGCAUCAAGGCUUCGAAGGAAGCUUGCGGCUCUUCUUGGAGCGUGUGCGCUUGGAGAUUUUGGAGGCCAAGCAUCGAUACCCCGAACACACCUGGAAGAGCUUCGAUGAUUUCCUCAUCAGCUUGGAACAGGUCCUAUCGGGUGAUUCUGGAAUGCUGACCCUGGAAAUCCGAGACCCUUCCGGCCUAAGCCACGUGGAUGCAGCACUUGAACCAAAGCAGACCACUUUCGAGCGCAGCGUUCGGGAUGAUUGGGCCUUGGGAGUGCUUUACCCCCGCCCCACCAUUCAGGGCCACACCGCGGCGUCAGUGGCACGUUGGAUCCGCAAAUCCUCGCGCAUCGUGGCGCUCACGGGUGCUGGCAUCUCAGUGGAGUCAGGCAUCACGCCGUUUCGAAGCUCCGACAAGAAAGGUGAAGCGCUGUGGGCUGAGUUCGACCCCACGCGUAUGACGCUGGGACUCUUCAAUCGCGAUCCCACGGUGCAGGCCGAGUGGUGGCAGUUGGAGCGGAAGUUGAUGGGGGAACUGUCGAAGGCAGAGCCGAAUGCAGCGCAUCAAUUCUUUGGAAUGCUGGAGCAGCAAGGGAAGCUCCAUGGGGUCAUCACUCAGAACAUUGACUCCUUGCAUCAGAAGGGAGGCGUUCCAGACAGCAAGAUGAACGAACUGCAUGGCCACCUGCGCCGGGUGAUUUGCGCUAACCAACGCAGCCGUCUCAACCCGCAGCCCUGCGGUGAUGGCGCUUGCGACUUCGAACCGAUCCGCUUCGAGGACGUGGAACCGACGAUCUUGCUGCCCACGUGUCCCAAGUGCUCGGCGCCGUUGCGCAGUGAAACGGUGAUGUUCGAGCAGUCGAUGCCCGAGGGCGCGGUGGAGAGCGCUCGUGCAGCGGUCCGUGAGGCUGAUUUGCUGAUCGUGGUCGGAAGCACCUUGCGCGUGGCGCCUGCCAACGAGCUGCCAGCGGAGGCCUUGCGCCGUGGGACACCAGUGAUUUUGGUGAACUUCGAUGAGACACGCUAUGACGAGCAGGUCCACGUCUUGGUGCGUCAACCUGCGGGAGAACUUUUCGCAGAGGUCUCUGCACUACUGCAACGGCCGGAAGAGGAAGAUGAGGAGGUUGAGGUCAAGGAGGAUGUGCAUGAGGUGGUGGCAGAGACCUCCACCCACGCAGGCACCUGGGACGAUGGGAGCGAAGAGGAGCAACUCUAUGGUGAUGACGAUGUGGGAGACUAGACACGGCGCACCAGACCCGGCCCACAUGUCGCCCAGGCGAAGGACGGUUUUUGGGGUCGCCUUCUUGGCCUCGGACUUGGCGCGGUCCAAGUGGAUCGGAUGAGAGUGCAAGCGUCGGUGUGAGACCCACUGGGCACCGUGUGAUGUACAGUUGUGCAGGUGUGCCCGGGACUUGCACUGAGACUGCAGGCGUGCAGAGAA